AUGACUCUCGACGGGAAAAUGCAAGCAAAACGACCUUCCGAUACUGAAACCGACGAUGAGGUGCCCUUGGAACGUCAGCGCAGCGUCGAGCAGGCCGCCGAUGAGGGUCACGACGCCGACAUCCCAUCCAGCAUCGGCUACGUCUUGGACGAGCGUGGGGAGGAGAAGCUGCGCAAGUCCCUUGCUGAGCAGAGACGCAACUCUCUGGCACGCCGCACCAGCCAUGGCACAGAAGACCGUGCCGUCGCUGACGUGGAGAAGGGCAAUGCCAACGAUGGCGCAAAGGGUGAUGCUGAUGCGCCCGAAGACGAGGCCAACGUCGUUUGGUGGGAUGGACCUGACGACCCCGAAAACCCAUAUAACUGGCCGACCUGGUACAAGAGUCUACUGUGCGGACUGAUCAGUGCGGUGACGUUUGUCACGCCGCUGGCAUCCUCCAUCUUUGCGCCUGGCGUGCCCGAGCUCAUGGCGGAAUUCCACGAGGACAGCACCUUAUUGGCUUCCUUUGUCGUGUCCGUCUACAUUUUGGGUUUUGCCUUUGGCCCUCUGCUGAUCGCCCCUCUGUCCGAGAUCUAUGGCCGCAACAUUGUUUACCACGUAUGCAACGUUGGCUUCAUUGCUUUUGUCGUUGGCUGUGCCCGGGCACCUACGCUCGACGCGCUCAUCGUCUUCCGUUUCUUCAGCGGCAUCUUUGGCUCAUGCCCCAUCACCAACGGGGGCGGCUCCAUCGCCGACAUGGUUGCCCAGGAAAAACGUGGUCUUGCCAUGGCCUUUUUCUCUGUUGGUCCGCUGAUGGGUCCGAUCAUAGGUCCUGUUGCCGGUGGUUUCCUGGCCAGUGCUAAGGGCUGGCGCUGGGUCUUCUGGCUGAUUGUGAUCAUCGCCGGCUUCCUCAGCCUUGUCUCCGUUUCUAUCAUGCGUGAGACCUACGCUCCCAUCCUGUUGCAGCGCAAGGUAGCGCGCCUGCGCCGCGAGACUGGAAACGAUUUGUUGCGUAGCCGUCUGGAUAUCGGCCUCAGUACCAGGGACUAUUUCACCCGUGGCAUAGGUCGGCCCAUCAAAAUGCUGACCUUUUCACCCGUCGUGCAGGUUUGCGCCAUCUACAUGGCCAUCGUCUACGGCUAUCUGUAUCUCAUGUUUACAUCAAUCACCCAAGUAUUCGAGGAGACAUACGGCUUCUCCACCAACAUGGUCGGCCUUGUCUAUCUGGGACUCGGCGUUGGCUCUAUGGGCGGCAUGAUCUACUUCAGCGCCAUCUCUGACCGUUACAUCAAAAGCCAGUCCCUUAAGGAAGGCCAGGGCAUGAAACCCGAGUAUCGUCUGAAGCCGCUUCCUGUGGGUGCUAUCUUGCUUCCCAUUGGCUUCUUCAUCUACGGCUGGACGGCCGAGUACCACAAGCACUGGAUCGCGCCUAUCAUUGGAAUGGUUGUCAUUGGCUUUGGAAACCUGGUUAUCUUUAUGGCCCUACAGCUGUAUCUGGUAGAUGCCUUCAACAUCUAUGCUGCAUCUGCGCUGGCAGCAAACACCGUUGCCCGGUCUUUUGUCGGUGGCGUGCUACCACUUGCCGGUCUAAGUAUGUACGCUAAACUUGGCCUUGGUUGGGGCAAUAGCUUACUGGCCUUCAUCGCGCUGGCCCUGGUCCCGAUACCCUUUUUGAUCAUAAAACACGGCGAGUAUCUGAGGAAGAGGUUUGAGUUGAAGAAUCUGUGA